CUGCUUGUCCCACAGCGUAAUGGAAGGGGGCUGAUUAGAUGGGCAGAGGGUGGCAGGGUCACCCCUCGUCCGGGAACCCCCUGGCAGGCAGGCAGGGAGGCAGGCAGACCAGACACAGGGUGCCUGAGCCACCCGAGGGCGUGACAGCUGUUUUUGCUGUUAUCCUUGGCCACUUAUUGCUCUUGCCUAGGGACAAAGUUUCUUCUCCAGGCAGGCUGUCCAACCUGCCUGAAGGAGGAAGCAGGGACUUUGCUGAAGGAUUAAGGCUGUGCUGGCCCUGCGGUGGUGGCUCAGCCAUGGCCUCCAAACGCCACGCGUCCUCCCUGAAGCAGUCAAAUGGUGGGAGCAAGAAAGCUAAGGGAGGAGAGGAGGAGGACACUUGGAGAUCCACCUUGGCAGCCCUGAAAACUGCCCCCAAGGAGAAGCCCUCCGCCACCAUUGAUGGGCUGUGCCCUCUGAACGGAGCACCAGGAGCCCGGGUCUACGAAGACUAUGACUGCACGCUAAAUCAAACCAACAUCGGGGCCAACAACAACAAGUUCUACAUCAUCCAGCUCCUUGAGCAUGAUAGUGCCUACAGUGUCUGGAACCGCUGGGGCCGUGUGGGGGAGACGGGCCAGUCCAAGCUUGUGCCCUAUGCCUCGCUGGAAGCUGCCAAGAAGGACUUUGAGAAGAAGUUUCGGGAGAAAACCAAGAACAGUUGGGCAGCGAGGGAGAACUUUGUGGCCCAGCCAGGAAAGUACACACUCAUCGAGGUGCAACCAGGGGCUGGGCAGGAGGUGGAGGUCAUCGUCAAGGUGGAUGAUGUGGACGGGGACAAGGCCUGCAAGCAGCGGGUGCUGCCGUGCACAUUGGACAAAGCCACGCAGGACCUCGUGUCCCUCAUCUUCAGCAGCGACAUGUUCCGUGAUGCCAUGCAGACCAUGAAUAUCGAUGUGAAGAAGAUGCCGCUGGGAAAGCUGACCAAGCAGCAGAUCGCAAAGGGCUUUGAGGUGCUGGAGGAACUGGAGGCAGCGCUGCAGGAGCAGCCCCCCUCAGCCGCCCACCUGGAGGAAAUCUCCUCCCGCUUCUACACUAUCAUCCCCCAUAACUUUGGGCGGGCACGGCCACCUCCCAUCAGUUCCCCUGAACUGCUGCGUGCCAAGAAGGACAUGUUGUUGGUGCUGGCCGACAUCGAGGUGGCACAGAGCCUGCAGGCGCAGAAGGUAAAGGAGGAGGAGAAGGAAGUUGCCCACCCGUUGGAUCAGGAUUAUGCCUUGCUCUGCUGCCAGCUCUCCCUGCUGGACCCAGCUUCCCGGGAAUACCAGCUGAUCCAAAACUAUGUGACACAAACCGGGCACGAACUCCACAUUCUCAACAUCUGGCAGGUGGCCCGAGAUGGUGAGGAUGAGCGCUUCAAAGCCCAUGACCUCUUGGAGCACCGGCGCCUGCUUUGGCAUGGCACCAAUGUGGCAGUGGUCGCAGCCAUCCUGAAGAGCGGGUUGCGCAUCAUGCCCCACUCGGGUGGGCGCGUAGGCAAGGGCAUCUACUUCGCCUCUGAGAACAGCAAGUCAGCCUGCUACGUGGUCUGCACAUCCAAGAAUGUUGGUAUCAUGUUCCUGUCAGAGGUGGCCCUGGGCAAGCCCUACCACAUCACCUGCGAUGACCCCACACUGUGUCAGCCACCCGCCGGCUACGACAGUGUUCUGGCUUGUGGCCAGACAGAGCCGGACCCUGCGCUGGAUGAGGAGUUGCUGUUGGAUGGCAAGAAGGUGCUGGUGAGCCAGGGCAAGCCUAUCCACAUGCCCGCUUACAAGGACUCCUCCUUCACCCAAAGCGAGUACCUCAUCUACCAGGAAAGCCAGUGCCGGAUCCGCUACCUCAUCCAGCUCCGCUUCUGAGGGUGCCUGGAUGCCCCAUAGACCUGCCCCAGCACCAGCUGGUGAUGCCCACCAACCUGGAGAACGAUGAUGUGGACUCUCUGGCCACCCCACCUUGGGCUUGGCCAGGGACAGGCUAGUGUGGGGACAGAGCUUGCUUUGCCAGUGAAUAAAAACACUGUGCCUUGUA